UGUUAUGUGUUUGAUGAAUGAAUGGUCUAAUAAUGUGAGCAUAGGGAGAAAAAUAUAACUAGUGUGUAGCUAGGGAGGAAUUUGAUUAAAGCAUUGUGUUUUGACUUAACACUUCAGAACCAGUUAAAAGCCUUUUUUCACUAUGUUAUAAAAAUGAGGAGCACUUUUGUCAGAUAUAAAGUAUAUAGGUUCUAUGUACCUAUAAAAUUCCAAUAGGAAGAGGACAUAAAGUAAUGAUAUAACUUUCUUGUGGAGGGAAAGAAGAGUGUAAUAUGUGGUAGAGAACUUUAUUCAUUGGAGAAGGGAAGAGUCACAUAAUUGGCUAAAUGCCUUCAUGAAUACCAUCAAAGAAUCAAAUUAGGACGGGUGGCUUUUAUGCAAUCCAACUUGGAGCAUAUUUUCUAUCGCGGUAGAUUUGUCAAAAUCAUGGUGGCAGCGUUAUUUUGUUGAAGUCCAAAGUGUAGCUUUUGACAAAAUCACGGUGGCACAUCGUGAUUUUGUUAAACUCACUGUCAGUUCAAAUUAAGGAGAGGGUGUUGGCGCGGUGGUGUGGCCAUGGUACGAAGCAGUGGACGAGUAGAGUAAGACAUCUUGAAGUGAUAGCUACGUCUGUGUUGCAAGAAUCAGACAUUUAUGUACAUCUUUCAAAUCACGGCAGGUUUGACAAAAUCACGGUGAUUUUGUUGAAACUUCAAAGUAAAGUUUCUGCGUAAUUUUGUCAGAUUCACCGCGAAAUCUGGCAAACCUAGUUGAUAGUUAUUGUGUACAUGAAUUAUUGAUAUUCUGUUACACAGCAAAGCUAGCUGACAUUAACUAUACACUUUCUGAAUUUUCACUAUGAUGAAUAAUUGAAUUGGGAUCUGUGAAAAUUACCUCAAAGAAAAAGGUGACUUGUAAGGCCUGCAAAAGCUGAAGCUAUUUUUUUUGUAGAAAAAUAUGAAGGGCAAUGCUUCUGUGUUGUGGAAAGCAAUGUAUGCUGUUCUACAAAAAACAUAGUACUUUUUUCACUUUACCAUCAUUUGUCUGUUAAAGCACAGACCAAAGUGUAUGUCCGAUUUUAACAAAUGAAAGGACUAGCACUAACAUCAUAUAUAUCCUCAACAACCAUUAUAAGUUCUUCUUUAUAGACCUUAUAGAUUAAUGUUUUAUUGAUUUCAAAAUUUGAAAAUUGUCUAAAAGAGUUGCCUUUAUGAAACUAAUGCUAAGCUCUUUCAGCAACUAUAUGAAUAAAAUAUGGAAGAAAAAGAGAAAUAAAGGAAGAAAGAAAAAGAUAUAUCUUCCAUGUUUCUUGGUUCCUAUAUAGCUGAUGAGGGGUCAGAUAGUUGAGAAGACACUUCAGCAGAGGAUCACUGCUGACUAAUUAUUAGAAUAGCAAUCCAAUUCUAAAGUAACCAGAAAUGAACACACUAGAGUACAAUGAUUGAUCAUGAAGUUCGACUAAUCGUGUCUACUUAUCCGACAGUAGAUUGACUACAUUAGUUUUAUAUGUGAGUUAGAGUUAUAGAAUACAAAGUUUUGUUUAAAUACUACAAUUCAAUUUACAAGUUUACCCCUGAAUCGCUCCGCUAAACUAUACUCAACACUAAUUAUAAGUUUCAGUUGAGCAAAAAGUCCAUUUUACUUUAUAUUUAAGAGCUGCUUUUAUGAAACUAAUGCUAAGCUCUUUCACUAAAACAAUGAAUGAUAUUGGUAUUAUCUUAUGAAGUUUUGGCCACACACUAGUUAUUGGUGCAUCACUUUCUCCCGGAUUUUCAUACCCUUUUCUCAACAUAACCAUAAAUUCCUCUCUCUCUCUAUAUAUAUAUAUAUAUGGAAUCAAAAAUGUCUUCUGAAAAAAGUGGAGUAUGUGGUAACACACUAUAUAUACAUUACUCUAUAUAUUUGCCUUGGAAACAAUACUUUUGAUCCAACUUCCUGCUAAAGCAAAGUUUUCUUUUUUCUUUUGUCAUCCCCUAAAACUAAUAGUUAAUUUCCCAAGUUUUGUCACAUUAUAAAUAGUCUUUACUAUCUAUUCUCUACCUAGACACCACCACUACAAGUAAAUCAUUGGUUUCCUAGGGACAAAAACCCUUGGAAAUAACCAAAAUCCCUCGGAAGAAAUGGCCGAAGAUAAUCUUUUCUCUUGUAGUGCGUUAGUCACGGUAAAUCAUAUUGUUCAUUGCAUUAUGCACCUUCUAUAAGGAUAAGAACUAGCACAGUAGGUAUAAUGACCUGAAACCUGGUGCAACUCAGUUGGAGUGUUCCCACAUUCAUAUCAUUUUACAUAAUUAGCAUCACAUCAAUCAUAGUAGAAAUUUUCAGAAUUUAUGCUGGCAUUGAAGUAUAGGUUUGUCUUGAUCAUAGAUAUCACAAUAAAUAGCUAUGAAGUUCAUGAAACUUGGAACAAGGUCAGAUACUUUCUAUACAGAACAAGCUACCAGGAGUCUAGUUUCAGAUAUACCUCCUGAUCUUGUGAUAAAAACCAAUGAUACAACUUAUCUUAUACACAAGUCUCCACUUGUUUCAAAAUGCGGCCUUCUACAAAGACUUUGUUCUGAUACUAAUGAUUCUAAGAGUGUUCCUCUAGAGCUUAAUGAUAUGCCUGGUGGAUCAGAGGCUUUUGAACUUUGUGCAAAGUUUUGCUAUGGAGUUUCAAUCAACAUUAGUGCUCAUAAUAUUGUACCUUCACUUUGUGCUGCUAAGCUCCUUCAAAUGAAUGAGUCUAUUGAGAGGGGAAACUUUGUAGGUAAACUUGAGGCAUUCUUUAGUUCAUGCAUUCUAGAAGGUUGGAAAGACUCCAUUGCAACGUUGCAAGCCACUGAGAAGUUACCCGAGUGGUCUGAGAAUCUUGGCAUAAUAAGAAAAUGCAUUGAUUCAAUUGUUGAAAAAGUUCUUACACCCUUAUCACAGGUUAAAUGGUCCUACACCUACACUAGGCCCGGUUACAACAGAAAAGAGCAUCAUUCUGUUCCAAAGGAUUGGUGGACUGAGGAUAUAUCCAUUCUAAAUAUAGAUCUUUUCAGGUGCAUAAUAAUGACUAUUAGAUCAGCACAUGUUCUUCCACCACAGCUAAUUGGUGAAUCUUUGCAUGUCUAUGCAUGUAAGUGGUUACCUUGCAUCAUAAAGGUUAAAAGUUCAGGAAGUUCAGUAUCGCAAACGGAAGAAUCCAGGGAAAAAGACAGAAAAAUUCUUGAAACAAUUGUGAGCAUGAUUCCUGCAGAUAGAGGCUCAGUUUCAGUUGGUUUCUUGUUAAGACUUUUGAGCAUUUCAAGUCAUUUAGGUGUCUCUUCAGUGACAAAAACAGAACUAAUAAAGAGAGGUAGUAUACAGUUUCAUGAGGCUGCAGUGAGUGAUCUGAAUUCUUAUGAUGUAGAGUUAGUUCAAGUUGUGUUGGAAAGUUUUUUGAAGUUUUGGAAAAGAAUCUACCCUGGUUCUGUGGACAAUAGGAACUACUUGUUAAGAUCAAUCAGAAAAGUUGGUAAACUUGUUGAUACCUAUCUUCAAAUGGUGGCAAGGGAUGAUGAUAUGCCAGUGUCAAAGUUUGCAGCUCUUGCUGAAACUGUACCAGCUAUUGGCAGAUUAGAGCAUGAUGAUUUAUACCAGGCAAUAAACAUUUAUCUUAAGGUGCAUACAGACUUGAGCAAGGCGGAAAAGAAGCGCUUGUGUGGUAUUUUAGAGUGCCAAAGAUUGUCCCCAGAAGUGCGUGUGCACGCUGUCAAAAACGAGUUUCUGCCAUUAAGAACUGUUGUGCAGCUCCUAUACUAUGAACAAGAGAAAGACUCAAAGGAAACCUCUAGUACAAAGCUGCAAAAACAACAUGAGCUACUUCUAGGAGCAAAAGAGAGACCUGCCACAAGAGAUAGCCAUGGUAAGAGAGAAGAAAUCACAAGAAGAACCUCUCUUGCUGAGAGUAGAGAAAAGGGUCAACACAAAACUAAAAGGUUAGAUGAUAAGUUAUGCUUGGACUUUGAAAAAAAGAUGGUUAUAAGAGGAGUCAAAGAAGAAAGUAUUCCAGGAAGCAUGUUGAACUUGGAUCAUAAGGAAAUGCUCAUAGGAAGGACAAGAAGUUAUAAAUCAGAAUAUGGAAGUGAAAAGAGAAGAUAGAUCUAAUAAUAAUGAUACUAAAUCUUUGAAAAAUUCAAAGCAAUUAAGCAAAUUAUUUUCAUUACUUUGUGUAUCACUUUAUUCACUAUUCUUAUCUUGUCAUCUCUUAAUGCCUUUGUCAUAAAUGUAAUCAGGGUGUGAUCCAAUGUAAUUUCUAUCACAUUUAAAGGCUGUAUUUGUAUUUAUCAAAAAUGUCAAUGCACUUGAAUUAAAAUAGUGAA